GGUGUCGACCAUAAUGUCGACCUCAACGGCAACCUUAAGAUACCCGUCGUAUAUGAACAACGAUCUGAUAGGACUGAUCGCACCAUUAAUACCGAUGCCUCGGCUCCACUUCCUAAUGACGGGAUACACUCCACUGACCACUGAGACCAAUGAAAAGCAACGAAGUGAAGCCAACCAACCGGCCAUUCGUAAGACAACAGUUUUGGAUGUCAUGAGACGUCUGUUGGACGACAAGAAUAUGAUGGUCUCGACGCUAAUGCAGGCGCGCAAUGCCGGCCACUGCUAUAUAUCGAUCCUGAAUAUAAUCCAAGGAGAGGUCGAUCCGACACAAGUGAACAAAAGCCUUAUGAGGAUCAGAGAGGGCAAGAAGGCUCAGUUCAUCCCAUGGGGUCCGGCGGGCAUUCAGGUGGCGCUCUCUCGCAAAUCGCCAUACAUUCAGACACCACACCGAGUCUCAGGACUUCUCAUCGCAAACCACACCUCUAUAUCAUACUUAUUCGAGCGAACUCUUCAACAAUACGAUAAACUUCGAAAACGUGAGGCAUUUCUGGAACAGUUCCGCAAAGAGGAUAUGUUUAGAGAGAAUUUGGAUGAACUCGACUCAUCGCGAGAGGUGAUCCAGGAGUUGGUCGACGAGUACAUAUCGGCCACAAAACCAGAUUAUCUCCAAUGGCUUCAGAAGAAGACAUAAUCAUCUCUUAUGACCAUCUCUUGUAAGUUAUUUCACUAUUACUGUAAUUAGUACUGCAUUUGAAUGCUUUAUAAUAAUAGUGUCAUUAUUAUCACCGU